AAGAGUAUACCGAUCAUACUGAAAUUCAAAAAGGCAGUGUGGAUAUGCUCCCUACGCAUUCCCCCCUCUCUCCAGUAUCUACCUAUCCUCCUUCAUUCCCACAGCUCAUAUCUCCGCGGACAUCUCAAUCUCUUCCUUCCAGUCAACCACCUCACCGCCCGCCUGCUCUGCCUCAAAAUCUAAGUCAGCGAUCUUGGCGGCGAAAACGAAAGAGAUUCACCCUUACAACAUUCCAAUCUUUUCUUUAUCACUCAUCCUUUUGGCUAUGUAUCGUCAUCGAGAUGGCUUUGCUUGUGGGGGCGGCCUGGGGUCUAGGUGAACAGGCAUGGCAUACUGGUCCACAACAAGGAUGGAAUGUUGUAGUGUUGUCUGCAGCUUAUGCUGUAUUUUUGAUCAUAUCAGUAACUCAUUCUUGGUCCCGGUAUCUGAGUGUCAAGCAGAUCAUGAAGACGAUGCCUAAGCCGUACAUACCAAUCAAGCCCGACGAUCUCCCCGAGAAAGUAUCUCGCCAUAUAACCACAGAAUACUCUCGCACAGCGGUGAUUUCCCAUAUAUCUCAAGCAACCCAAGGAGAGCAAGACGGCUGGGGUCGACCCAACACAAAGUGGGAGGCGAGAUGGUUGAGAGGAUACAUCUUGGGAACAGUAGGGGUGAUGAAGGAAGCUCUAGGAGCCAAAGAUGGACCGCCUCUGAGUUUGGAGCCAUUUUACGAAGCUGCGGAUAGAGUGAAUGACUCAGGUGGCGUGAGGUUGUUAGUGAAUUCAUGGGCGAAGUACGUAGAGAAAGCGAGGUAUGGGAAGAAAGAGCCAAAUGAAAGAGAGGCCGGGGCAGUGGAGAGACUUGUUGAGAUUGUUGUACUGACCAUGGAGAUUAAACGGCGCAAGAAAGAGAAUGGAUGAUGUUGGAUAACAUACGGUUGUACAGUACAGGUGUCUAAUAUAAUGAAUUGUCAUAUUAUGUAGUU